GAAAAGAAGUGGGGCGGUAGAAGGUUAAAUAAGCAUGCUUUAAAACCUGAUGACGUUGAGCGGGUUGUUACCUUCCUGCGGAACUUUGCAGAGGACCAUGCCCUGGUUCUACCCCGUCGCAUUCCUGGCUUCAAAAGAAGUGAUGUCAAGAUCCUGCCUUCUUCACAAACUAAAGCAGCUAUUUGGCGACAUUAUAGAAAUUUGGUUGUUGCAAGAGGUAAUAAAUCAAUAUUAACUUUCAAUUAUAUCUAACAAUCACUUUGACACUAAGUAUAAUUUAGAGUGAUUUCAAAUAUUAAAACUUGUAGAAAUUUUGAAAAGAUAACCACAAGAUUUUUUUUUUUAUUUGCAAAAUAAAUCAAAUCAUAUAUUUAUUUUUUCUCUUCUAAAUAUUCUUUUUAAUUUUUUUUUUGCUUUAUGAAUUUUUACAGUAAAAUAGUAAAUCAUAAAGUUAUAUUACAAUAUUUAUUUCAGGUCAGCAAGCUGUUGGAAAGUCCUUUUUUCUUCUUUGGAAGCAGUAUGUACCUUUCAUUGUAGUUGGAAAGCCUAUGACAGAUCUAUGUUGGCAGUGCAAGCAAAACAAUGAAAGAAUUUGACGCUCAGUGAAUAUGGAUGAAGAAGAAAGAAUGGUAGUUUUGGGCAACCAGAUGGCACACUUGCAGACUGUAGAGGAAGAGAGGAGGCUCUACAACGACAUGGUUCAAAAGUCUAAAACAGCUGCAGCUUUGGCUGGCAUUACAGAACUUGGCCGUCAUUUUCCCAACUCAUUGGACGCCACAAUACACUUCAGUUUUGACUACGCACAGCAAGUACAUUUACCCAGCACCCCUUUGCAACCUGGUCCCAUCUAUUUUUUAGUGCCAAGAAAAGUAGGCAUUUUUGGCAUUUGCGCAGAAGCUAUACCCCAACAAAUGAACUACCUUAUUGACGAAGGCAUGACAAGCGGCAAGGGGUCAAACAUGGUCAUCUCUUUGUUGCACUAUUUUCUCGAAAACGGUUUCGGAGAAAAAAGGAUAGAACUUCAAUGCGAUAAUUGUAGUGGUCAGAACAAAAAUAGAUUUGUCCUUUUUUAUUUAGCUUGGAGAACUAUUACAGGUCUCCAUGACCAAGUAUCUGUGAAUUUCAUGCCUGCCGGUCACACUAAAUUUGCUCCGGAUUGGUGUUUUGGUCUGCUGAAACGCAGAUUUAGGAUAUCAGAAGUUCACUGUCUUCAGGAUCUUGUGCGCACGGUCAACACCAGUACCCUGAAAGGGAUCAAUCGUGCACAGUUAGUGGGGACAGAGUCUGGGGAGAUUCUUGUACCAGUUUAUGAUUGGCAGCAAUUUUUUAAUGGCCAUUUUCGACCUCUAAAGGGUAUUAAAAGCAAUCAGCACUUGUGUUUUAGAGCACAGUCACCUGGCAUUGUCUUCUAUAAACAGAAGUAA